AUGGGGAAAGGAACAGGGAGUUUUGGUAAGAGGAGGAACAAGACCCACACUCUCUGUGUGAGGUGCGGCCGCAGGAGCUUCCACCUCCAAAAGAGCCGUUGCGGUGCCUGUGGCUACCCCGCCGCCCGUCUCCGAAAAUAUAACUGGAGCGUGAAGGCUAUCCGCCGAAAGACCACUGGAACUGGCCGUAUGAGGUAUCUCCGCCAUGUUGCUCGCAGGUUCAAGACUAACUUCCGUGAGGGUACUCAAGCAACUCCAAGGAACAAGCGAGCAGCAGCUGCCUCAUCAUAA